AUGCCUACUCGUUUGACAAAGACCAGGAAACACCGCGGCCAUGUCUCUGCCGGCCACGGUCGCGUAGGAAAGCACCGCAAGCACCCCGGUGGUCGUGGUAUGGCUGGUGGUCAGCAUCACCACCGCACCAACUUGGAUAAGUACCAUCCGGGUUACUUUGGUAAAGUUGGUAUGCGCCACUUCCACCUCCAGCGCAACCACGAAUGGAAACCUACCGUCAAUCUGGACAAGCUCUGGACCCUCCUUCCUCAAGAGACCCAGGACAAAUACCUCGCUGAAGGAGCCCCUAAAGACACUGCUCCCGUAAUUGAUCUCCUCGCUCUCGGCUACGCCAAGGUCCUCGGCAAGGGCCGUCUACCCAACGUUCCCGUCGUUGUCAAGGCACGAUACGUCAGCAAGGAAGCCGAGCGCAAGAUCACCGAAGUUGGUGGUCGCAUCGUGCUUGUUGCUUGA